AUGUCAGUGGCAACCAAGUCCCCUCCACAGCCUGCAACACAAGAUGUCAUUUUAUCUUCUCCAAAGAGUGAUUCUCUAAAGAGCUUUUUGAAAUGCGUCAUUGAAUUAGCCACUAGUCCUGAGCUACAGGCUACUACCACCAUCAUGUGCGAAUUCGAUCACCAGAAACAGCAGAUAAAACAACUAAACGACUUGGGGAAAGACCAUAUGAUCACUAUAAAAACUAUGGCGGCAACAAUCCAGAAUGAGAAGAAAGCUCAUGAAGACACCCAAGCGCAGUUGGAAAGGUUGAAAAAAGAGAUGGCAGACAAGGACAGGGUUAUCGCCGAUCAAUUGCAGAAGAUCAAUGCACUUGGAAAAGAUGCCAAGAAUUUGAGAUCAGAGAAAUCUCAAGAAACAAUGAGAGCUACGCGGUUGUCUGAUGAAAAUACUUUGUUGCAGAGGGCUCUAAAAGAGAAGGAUGCUAUCAUCGAAAAGAAUUCAGCUUCUGAAACGGCACUCGAUGAACGCUUGAAAUCGGAAAAAAAGAGAAGCGAGAAGUUGAGUGAAGAUUACGCGUCUCUGGAGCGUAUGAUGACAGAAUUCCAAGUCAAGUUGCAACAGACGGAGAGCUUCAGAGCCCCAUACUCAGAAAUGGACAUAGAGCUCAUGACCGAUCAAUUUGCCAAUCUAUGGGAUUAUGCCACACAGCAAAUUUCCAAGGUCUUGAACCAAGACAUCUUGAUUGAUCAUAUCUCAUGGGAGACAUUUCGAAAAGGUAGCACUUUUAUGAUGCCGCAUACUGUCCCUCUGCCCGCUUCCACCAGCAAGGCUGCCAAGGGAAUGCGACUCGUUAUCACACUAGCCAUUCUAUCAAGAGAGAUUGAGAAACACAUCUUUCAGCCGAAUUAUCUGGAUUCAGAUGACAACCAGCUGCGCCGUGUACUGAGCGAACUUGCCACAACAAAUGGCGAAAAAGAAUCAUUUUGUCGGGCCAUGCUUCUUUCAAUUGAUGAGACGGUUCAAAGGAGGUCUGCCCUGUCCAGAGUCUCACGAAUUGCUCGGGACGUGACACACCAUCUAUUUGGUACCCUCUCAGAUAUCAAACAAGAGGAGCUUCGACAAACUAUGUCGAAGAUUGCGGAGGAAGCAAUGAAUGUUUGGAUCCCUCUCCAACAUGCUGAAAUUAAAUAUGAGCCAGACUUCGAGCCUCUUCUUUGGGAUGAUGAUGAAUGGGCGUGUUUUGAAUUUCCGGGAGAAAAGACCGCAAAUGCGAAGAGGGAUGCCGGAAGUCCGACGGAACUCCUUACUAUUUUCCCGCGCAUUUCCCAGGUAGCCGAGAAAAAACGCCAUGGUUGGACUUUUGUCACUCAGAUCAGGUCAUCACAUCAUCUCUGGAGCCUGGCGGAGCAAGAGGUUAAUCGGAGCCCAAGUAGCCCGGUGACUCGGAUGCCAUCGACAGGCACUAGGAGACCAUCUAUCUCUGCGACCGCACGUCCUAAUGGGAUUCUUAACGGGAAGACAUCGCCUGAUGGGAAGCCUUCUUACAGAAAGGAAAACGGAGCUCAAUAA